AUGCCGUCCAAGGAGUCGAAAUUCGUGGUGGGCAAGCCCUGGGGGCCCUUUCUUACCCCCGGCGACCCUGACGACCAGUGGGCCUUGACCAAGACUAAAUCCGCCGGUGGGCUCUCGUUGUCGCGCACCCCGAGUACCACACAGAGAAUUAAGCGCCAUUGGAAGCGUUUUUGGUUUGUGUAUUGUGUUGGCAACGUCAUCUUCCUUGCCAUCUUUCUUCCAGUUUUCUUCCUUGUUGCCAUCCCCGCAAUUGCCCAGCUGGUCGUCAAUAAAUCAGAUCUAGUGCUGACGGAAGCCAUCUUGACCCAACCAAAGCCUGAUAGUGUGCAAUUAACGCUCCAAACCAAAGUCGACUUGCACCUGGCACUUACGGCACGAAUUGAAGAUCUCCCUCUGUACUUAUAUCAGAAAGACUACGGGGAGAAAUAUCCCUACGCCUCUUUCACCAUUCCUGGGAAAAAGAUCAGGGGCAAUACUACGUUGGGUGUAAACGACAUCCACUCGCCCAUCCUGAACCAGACCACCUGGGAGGAAUUCGUGCACCAAAUCAUUUUCCAAAAGGAAACCUCAUUGUGGGUUCAUGGCCAAACAAACACAUACUUGGGCGUGCUGAAGUCGCAUGUGAAGUUGAACAAGGCCAUUAAAACCCAGAGUCUGAACCAGUUCGAAGGAUUCAGCAUUGCUAAUGCAGGACUCGUGUUCAAUCAAUCCGAUGGACACAACUUUGAAGGCAACUUGACUCUGCCUAACCCAACUCACCUCACUUUUCAACCGGCGGCGUCGUUCUCGGAAACGCCACCAUUGAAAAUGUCGAAUUAUUCCCCGGCACAAAUGCCUUUCCCCUUAAAAGGAAUCCUCGACAUCUCCACAGCUAUCAAGCAUCUAGGAGGUCUAUUAAAGACUGAGGCCAAAGCCCUGAAGGGCGGCAACCUGACCCUCGAUGCAAUCACCCAAGAAGUCCACUACGACAAUGAAUUAAUCCCAUGGUACACCAACGUGCUGCGGCAACUCACGCUCACAUCUGAAAUCCCGCUCAAGGGUCUGAUCAACAACACGAUUGCGAACCUCAAAUCCCAAACCAACUUCACAUCCACCCUGAAGGGGUUGAAUUUAUCUAGUCUGCAAGGGAUGGGGUCGGACUCGGGUUCUGGGAAGGUUUCGCGAUCUGAGGGCGAUUCCGAUGGGCCCGUGAGUGUUGCGACGCUGAUGCGCCGCAGCAAGUACAUCCAAGAAGCUUUUGAGGGUGUAGACCCUGUAGAGCGGGACUUCAUGAUUGACUCGUUCUCUGGCUUUUAUUCCUAA